AUGUCGCGCCAUAACAGCGUUGAUCUAGACUCGCCCGAUCGGCCUUUCGACAACAUCAUCAAUUUCCGCGAUGUCGGGCGGGCCAUUAACCAAUUUUGUCGCAAAGAAAUCUUGAAAGAAGGCGUGUUUUUCCGCAGUGCGAGGCUCGACGAUGCAUCAGAACGAGAUAAACGCCGAUUAACAGAGGAACUACACAUUCACACCGUCAUCGAUCUCCGUUCCCAGACAGAACACCAAAUGGGCACACGGAAACGUCGAGCACAAAACGCCAAAUCAGAGUCAGAAAAACCACCCAAAGAACCAAUCCCAACAAACCCAAACGAACACCUCCUCGAAAUCCCCGGCUCGGAACGAGCUCUAAUAAGCCUAACAGGCAAAGGCUUCGAACGCGCCUUAUUAUCAAAACUAGACUGGUUUACAUAUCUGAAAAUUAUCGGCCUCGUGACAACAGGCUACCGCAGCGACGCAGUGCGUCUCGUAUGCGGGACCGUAAUGCAACCGCGCGGGCUAACAGGUUUAGCUCAAGACACGCUCGAAUCCAGCAUGGGCGAAAUGCGCUCCGUGUUCGAGAUCCUCGCAUGCGAGGAGUCAUAUCCAACAUUAGUGCAUUGCACGCAGGGAAAAGACCGCACAGGUCUGGUUGUGUUACUUAUGCUACUUCUUGUCGGGGGUGUGCCGGUGGACGCUAUUGUCGAUGAUUAUAGUCGGUCUGAGCUGGAGCUUGUGUCUGAGCUUGAGGAAAGAAUGGAAGAGAUCAGGGCUAUUGGGCUUGGGGAAGAUUAUACCCGUUGUCCACCUGGUUUUGUUGCUGAUACGACAGAGUACCUGGAGACUAGGUAUGGGGGUGUGAGGGGCUAUUUGGAACGAGUUGGGGUAGGGUUUGAGAUGCAGGAGAGGAUUAGGCAGAAGUUUAUGGUUUAG